CAAAUUCACUGUUGUCGCUGUUCGUUCCGCAUCGUCGGAGUCAGCAUCGAACUCAACUUUUCUCCUCUGACCGUCAUGUCGCUCGGCAUUUUAAGGGCUCCAGUUACCAGUGCCUAUAAGGUAGCACUCAGACCCGCUCUCAGGAUUUAUGCUGCUCGCUCUGUGCACACAUCGAAGUCUGCGCAAGCCCCCGAAACUAUACCCACUUCGGUCUCCUCUGCUUCUGAGCCGAUCACCACAUUAGCAAUGCAUGGCUCAAAUCAACUCAGCCUUGAGCAACCCCAGAACAAGGCUGAAUACGUCCUAUCAACAUUAGACAAGGUUGUCAACUGGGCACGUCAGGGUUCGAUAUGGCCCAUGACUUUCGGUCUUGCAUGUUGCGCUGUCGAAAUGAUGCACAUGGCUGCUGCUCGCUAUGACCAGGAUCGUCUCGGUGUCGUUUUCCGUGCCUCUCCGCGUCAAUCUGACGUUAUGAUUGUCGCUGGUACCCUCACAAACAAAAUGGCUCCUGCUCUCCGUAAAGUCUAUGACCAAAUGCCCGAGCCAAGAUGGGUUGUAUCCAUGGGAUCUUGCGCAAAUGGCGGUGGCUACUACCACUACUCAUACGCUGUUGUCCGUGGUUGCGAUCGCAUUGUGCCCGUGGAUAUCUACGUCCCUGGGUGCCCACCAACUGCUGAAGCAUUGCUUUAUGGUAUGUUGCAACUUCAGCGCAAAAUGAGAAGAAACAGGAAGAGUGUGCUUUGGUACCGCAAAUGAGAUGAUCUGUACGAGCCUGGUUUGGCGACAGCGUACAUAAACUAGCACUUUCGUUGACACGUUUCGUAUAUCACUCAUGGCUGGCGUGCAUCAUUUCCUUUCCUUAUCCACAA